AUGAUCCAGUACUUCACCUCAAUUUUACCAACGAUUACAAUUUCUGUUGCUAUUAUUAUAUCAAUUGCAAUUGUGUUAUCAUGUACCGUACGAAAAACCAAACAACGAGCGUACAGGCCGGGACACUUACCAGAUUUCGAGGACCCUGACUCUAAAGAAGCAGAUACAUAUUACGGAAUGAGAAGUGCAGUGGCAUUCCCCACCAAAGAGCUAACCGAAAGUUGGACAGCCAGUUUAGUACUAUUAUCUUUUGAAUUACUGGAAAGUUCAAACAGAAAAGCUGAUUUCUUAGUUUAA